AUGGGCAAGUUCCCGUCCCUUUCAUUUUUGAAGAAGAAACUCGGAGAAUCAGGCAGCGAUCGCUGCGGCGAUGUGGAAUUGGGCGACAAGGGAGGAGAAAAAGAAGGUGGAGGCUUUAUCAACUUCGAUAGAGAUCUCAAGGAGAAAGAAGGACCAACCUGUCUUGCACUAGUCGUUUAUUUGGAGUUCUAUGUGGCGCUCACAAUCUUCGUGUUCGCCGUGGUCGGAGUGUCGGUCGGAGCCAAUUGUAUGCCGGUGCUGUUGCUCGCCCUCGUGCAAGCGUUGAUCGCCGUUCCCGGGCUCGUCUUUCUCUUUCAACGAAUCGGAAAGUUGCGAAUCCUUUUCACGUUGCUUCAAUUGAUGACGGCGAUUUGCGAAUUUGCAUGGAUUUUUCUCGUUUUUUUCUGCGCCGAAGAUGAUAAUCAAUCCCACAUUCCAAAGGCGAUCGCACUUGGAGUGCUCACACUUAUCCAGGUGAUGGCCGUUAUUGUCUCGAUUUUCUUCCCAUUCCGAGUGUUGCACCUUUGUCAGAGCGAAAAGCGAAAAGCAACCACUGAGCUUUCACACACUCAUCUCAAGACUGUUCCCAUGGGACCCGGCACCUCACAAGAAAAAAAGGGAAGCGUUGGCCCACCAAUGAGCAACAAUCAAGUGAAAAUCGGAAAGGGUGCAUCAGGAUCGAUCCGUCCACAGAUUAACGGAGGUCCACUGUUGAAAACCACCGCAUCGAACAGUACCCUGAAUACGGCAUCUGGACCAUCAGCUUCGAAAACCGUGCCCACUGAGAGAAGCAUCGAGGAAGGGAAUGUGCCAAAGAAAACAUUAAAAGAAACUCCACAGACACAGAAAAAGCCUCGACGUUACUCGACGUCUAAGAAGGAACUUGACAACGUGCUGAACAAUCGCUCAAAGGACAAAAGCGAGACGAUUGCCCGAGUGAAACAGCUGCGAGAGAAUGCUACUACAAAGUCAACGAGCGUGCCGAUUUUGUUGGAGAGUACCACCGAUGCCUCAAAGUUGGAACGAACGACUAGUGCCACAGCUUUAUCGGCUCAUGAUUUGAAAACUUCGGUUAAUGCUGCGCGCUCCGAGACAAAUAUGGUCUUCAAUCGAGAAGGUCAUCCCGGAGCAACACCCCCGCAGAAAACAAACCCUAAUGCGGGUGAACCGGUGGUGUCGAAGGAAACAUCUUCUCAUGUGAAAACACCAACUUCUGGAGGCUUCACCAUUCCACCCGGCACCAUCACUGUUUCUCCGGAUGAUAAACUCUUCGAACUGGCUAACAAGAUCCGUGCACAGCAACUCAACGAAAAGACGGUGGACGAGAACAAGACUCCAUCAGAGGCGCGGAGAUCUCCUUCGCCCACACUUGUUACGGCACCCACCCCAUCUUCGGCUGAUCCGGUUUCAAAUCUUCUCGCCUUAGCCAAACAUUCGACCAACGACACUUGCAAAAAUCUGAUACCCAUGCCUUUUUUGAUG